AAAAAAAACUAAAAUAAAGAGUGGAAGAGGGUUUGAAAAUUCUGUAGAACUCUAUUCAGAUACAAUCCCCAAAUCCACUCCCUCUCGAUUUUUCAAAAUUGAUGUAUACGGACAAGACAUAGAUAUAUAUACUUAUACUGACGCUGUUAAUUGAGUAGUAGAAAAAAUGGAUUUGGACCAGUGGAUAUCUAAGGUGAAAGAGGGUCAACACUUAUCCGAAGACGAGCUUCAGCUCCUCUGCGAAUGCGUAAAAGAUAUCUUGAUUGAGGAGUCAAAUGUGCAGCCUGUGAAUAGUCCAGUUACAGUUUGUGGGGACAUCCAUGGACAGUUUCAUGAUUUGAUGAAACUUUUUCAGACCGGAGGUCAUGUACCAGAGACAAAUUAUAUAUUUAUGGGAGAUUUUGUUGAUCGUGGUUAUAACAGUCUAGAAGUUUUCACAACCCUUUUACUUCUCAAAGCAAGAUACCCUGCUAACAUUACUCUUCUACGUGGAAAUCAUGAAAGCAGGCAGCUAACACAGGUCUAUGGAUUCUAUGAUGAAUGCCAAAGGAAGUAUGGAAAUGCUAAUGCUUGGCGGUAUUGCACAGAUGUUUUUGACUAUCUAACUCUGUCAGCAAUCAUAGAUGGAACUGUGCUUUGUGUCCAUGGUGGCCUAUCACCAGAUGUUAGAACUAUUGACCAGAUUCGGAUCAUCGAACGAAAUAGUGAAAUUCCCCAUGAAGGGCCCUUCUGCGACCUAAUGUGGAGUGACCCUGAAGAUAUUGAAACAUGGGCUGUUAGCCCUCGAGGAGCAGGCUGGCUUUUUGGAUCCAGGGUUACUUCUGAGUUCAACCACAUUAACAAACUUGAUUUAGUUUGUCGUGCCCACCAACUUGUCCAAGAAGGUCUGAAGUACAUGUUUCAGGAUAAAGGACUUGUAACUGUGUGGUCUGCACCCAAUUAUUGUUACCGAUGUGGAAAUGUCGCCUCAAUAUUAAGCUUCAAUGAUAAUAUGGAAAGAGAGGUGAAGUUUUUCACCGAGACCGAGGAAAACAACCAGAUGCGCGGACCCAGGACUGGAGUGCCUUAUUUUUUAUGAUUGAAUUUUUUUUGGCUUUCACAAUGGAGGUAUAAUUUGUCACUUAUGCCACUGUGAGAGACCAAACAAGAAAUAUUGCUUGGAAAAUUAUCUGUAUCCUAACUUGUCAGGGUUAUAAAGAAGUUUUUACGCGGUUCUUGCUGUGUAUCGAUCAUAGCUUCAUGA